GCAACAGCUCCCACUUAUUAAUUAGCGCUGUUUUUUAUGAUGGAGAGAUGUGACACGAGCUUGCUCAAUGUGUGGAUCUCACUGUUUUACUGGAAAGGUUACGAACAUUAGGCUAACUAGUGCUACAUUGUCCAAUAAUAGGUUCAGGAAAUUUGGAUAUAUUAUAAUGACACAGAGUUAACUAUAAACAGAUCGAUAUUCAUCGCAGACAAAAGCAGUAAUGUGACGGUAUAGGAACUUAACUUACUAUACAACCUUAAACAUACCUCAAUAACAUCAAUGCCACCUCCUAAGAAACCGAAGAGCGGGCCUACCAGUGCUGCAGAGUUCUUAUCAGCGGAAGAAAUCAAGGAGAUUGAAGAACACAAUGCCAAGUUGCAACACUCACCUCAGGGAAGUACCAGAUCUAGUAGAUCUUCACGCGAUCUCUCAUCGCCAGAACCGAUGGAGACGGGAAAUUCCCAUGAGCAUAGCACUGAAGAUGUAUCGAAAAAAGACCAUCCAGGACGAGAGUCAACAUCUCCUCUCUCCAGUGAUUCCCGUGGCUCUAAUCAUGUAAACACAGCCAGCGAUGUACCAUCACAGUCAGGUGGUGCCCCUGCCUCCUCUAAUCUGUCGACUGAACCUCCAGAUAACUACCUCAGUGACCCGCAGUGCAGCAGUAGUAAAGGAGAUGGGUCAUCUAGUCUUCGUCAACACUUAUUGCCAGCUCCUCUUUCUACAGCCUCGGGUCAACCUCAUACAGCAUCAGGGCCGCAUCAGUCCUUAUCAAGACAUCCUCAGUCUGUUUCAAGACAUCCUCAGGGCUCUUACCUCAUAUCUCAUAACCUGUCACCUCAUCAGAAAGAAUCUUUAGAGCAUUCAACACAAAGAACUUUAGAUUUAACAAUACCUCAAUCUCAGGUCAGAGACAAUGUACCUCAGCGUCGUCACUUGGUUCAAGAUGAUUCAUCAAUACCUCACUCCAGUCAGAGACUCCUUCAGGAAAGUGAAUCAAAAGAUAGAGAGAUCUCACAACGGGUUCAGGAUGAUAUGGCAUUAUCUUCUAGCAGUAGGGCACGAUAUGAACUCACCCAUGCUAGCAGCAGUACAGACAUCCAUAGCGCAUACGCAGAGAGAGUGCGUGCGUUAACUUCAACCUACCAUGUUCCCAUCACUCGUUCUAGUGGCCAGAAUAGAAUGUCGGCGUUUGCACCAUUCGGUAAAUCGCACCUUGCACAGUAUCCUUCAAGUCUUGGUGGUCUAAGAGAACACAUGCUCCCACCGUUGAUUGAUAUCCGUGCUCCAUUACCUCCUGUGACCAGUCCUCUCAAGUCACCUACAACUACCUCAGGCCAAGAGCAGAGGGAACAAGUGGCCCGUGCGGCAGCUGCUGCUUACAUAGAAGCGCAUACGGGUAUACGCCUGGCAGCUGUGCAGCAUUAUGUUGCUGCUGCCUCAUCAGGGGAUAAAGUCACCAAAGCAUCUAGAGACGAAGAGGGGAACACCAAUCAAAACCAACCACUGGUGAAAGACACGUCUCCUUACGUUACACCAAAGACGGAGCCCAUCAGUGAAGAGCCUCAAAUGGGCCGACCCCCAGGCCCAACAAUGGCACCAUCCCAUCAUAUGUCAAAUAUACCGCCCCAUAUGCAACCUCAUAGCCAAACCAUGGGCUCAAUUGGCCCCCAACACAGCAUUCCACAUCACCCUCCACAGCCCCACCAUCACCAGCACCAGAUGCCAUCGCAGAGUAUGGCCAUGCCCUCUCAGUCUCACAUGCCCCAGUCUCCUGGAGCUGGCCACAUGGAAGCACAAAGCUCUACAGGGCCCAGUACUUCUGCAGUGGACUUGCGUAAGAGAGAGGAACCAACGACUGGAUCUGGUGCUGUGAUCCGGCACUGUCAAGUAUGCAACGAUACGGCAUCUGGCUUCCAUUAUGGGGUGUGGUCUUGUGAGGGUUGCAAGGCAUUCUUUAAGCGCAGUAUACAAGGUCCUGUUGACUAUAUGUGUCCUGCAACUAAUACAUGCACGAUUGACAAACAUCGACGAAAGAGCUGCCAGGCCUGCAGGCUUAGGCGUUGUUUCGAAUCUGGGAUGAGCAAAGGAAUGAUUACACGACGUGGCCGCCAAAGUUCUGCCGGCAAAAGUGGGCAUUCCAGCGAAGGGAAACGCAAACUUAUGGAGGCUGAUUGUGGCAAAACAAGUACCAGAAAAGAACGCCGCAAUUCAGGUCAAGGUCGAAAGAGAAAGGAUGAUAAGCAGGACAAUCCGGUGCAUUCAUCUACUGGCCCCCAUGGUCCUGUCAAGGUUAAGCGUGAGUCUGCCAACAGCAUGCAUCCAAUUGUUGAGCAGCUGUUAGCUGCUGACCCACCUAUACUGAACAGUGAACAUGACCAUAGUAUCCCAGACAGUGAGACGCAUCUUAUGACAUCACUAACAAAGCUAGCUGACAAAGAGCUGGUUUAUAUGAUCAACUGGGCCAAACAUGUUCCAGGGUACACUGAUCUGACCUUGAAUGACCAGGUGCACUUACUAGAGUCCAGUUGGUUUGAAGUGAUAACAUUAGGGAUUGCACAGAGAUCCAUGCCCUACCGUGGGGAGAAACUGGUCUUUGCCACUGACUUAAUCAUGUGCAGAGAGAAGUGUCUGAUCGCUAGGUGUGCAGAGGUGUGUGAGCUCAUCAUGGGUGUGUCCCGCACCCUGGUGGAGCUCAGUGUCAACAAGGAGGAGUUCGUGCUCAUGAAGGCAAUGUGUCUCAUCAAUGCAGAGAUCAAGAUACUGGAUAGCAGACCAAGGAUCUUGCAGAUACAAGACAUGCUUGUUGAUGCCUUGAGGGAUACCACUCAACGUCACUAUGCUGGCGAUGUACGACGUCUUAGUCGCCUUCUUCUCCUGAUGCCCCACAUACGCCAUGCAUCACUGAGGGGGGUGGCACUUCUGUAUAGCAUUAAGAACGAAUCGUCAAUUCCGAUAUGUGAUCUGUUGAGGGAGAUGCUGGAUGCCCAAAGCAUCUCGCAGCGUAAUGCACUGCGUAACCCUAGCCAAAGUUUGAUACCAACCCAUCCUGGUUUAGCACAGCCACCCUCACAGCCACCGCCCCACCCUCCACACUUGCCAUGAAACUAUAUACAACGGAUAUAGGAUACUAUGCUACCAGGAUACACCGCCAGUUAUCCUUAGCUAGCUGCUCUUCAGUCGUCACCAAGACAACAGUUCUGUUUGCUGUUAACUGUCACCAAGACAACAGCUCUGUUAUAAACUGUCUUGGUUGGUCUUUAUUGCUAGAGUAUAGCCCUUCGUCUAAAUGUCAGAUAGCCGCAUAUGUGACACUAUGUGAGCCAAACAGCACAACUACAAGAGAGGACCAAGUUGUUAUAGUACAAACUCAGCUCAUGGUUCUCAGGCUGUGAAUCUGUGCAAAUAGAAACUGUGCUGUGUCACAGUUGUGUCUAGAGAAAGCCUGUUAGAGGGCUUUGAGGUGUCCCCAGCCCUUCACACUACAGGAAGGUAUCAGCAACAUGGGCUAUGAAAACAGCCAUAAUUAACUGGAGGGAGAUAGUCACGAGGAGAUAUUUCACCUAGGAGUGAUCAGUUGUUGAAACAGGAUCAAAUACAAUUUAUCUGUUUGUAACCGUUGAAUCUUGUUUUAGUAACAGCAUGUCCCACUUGAGUUUAUGAAAUUGGAACAAUUGUUGGAUAUUGUAAAACAAUUGUUGGAUAUUGUACACUAUUUCGUGCCAUUGGAACCAAAAAUAUUGUGUCUAUGUGCCAUGCGAACAAAUGGAAGCAGACAUGUGAUAUUAUGUCCAUUGGGAGCAUGCGUUAGACAUUUUACCCAUUGGGAGCAUAAGAUGAAUAUUGUUCCAUGUGGGAGCAUAGAUUGGAUAUUGUACCAAGUGGGAGCAUAGAUUGGAUAUUGUUCCAAGUGGGAGCAUAAAUUGAAGAGGUGGCCAUAUCAUCUCAGGAAACCAUGAAACACAUACUACCUCAAUGCUUUGUGACCCAUACUUGUCACUUUAAAUUCGUAGAUAGAGAUUAUUGUAUAUUAUAAGCUCAGAAUGUCUGUCUUUAAUUGAGCUAAUUGCCAAACACUACAAAACACUACCUGAUAGUAUCUGCUUGUCAUUUAGAGUACAGUCUAUGCAUGUAAAGAGUCAAGAACUGGCUGAAGGUGAGCCAAUUGUCCAUUGAUUAUUAUAGGGCAAUUUUUGAGCUUUGCAUUAUACUGUACCUAUAAAGCUAUUAGAUAGUGUUAAGUUGAUACUGUUUGAUAGUGUUCUGUGCCAUAACUGUGAAUUCACUACCUACUGUGCCAUAUUGUUGGAGGUGAAACCUUAUAUGCUUAAAGUAUGCUUUAUUUUAUAAAUAUUUAAACAGUGUACAAUAUGAUAUGAAAUACAGAAAUGUAAUUCUGACUUCUUUGUAACAGAGUCACAUAGUUUACUAUGUGAACAAAUAUGAAAUUCAAAAAAUUUUCAUUGAUUUGAUUUGUGAUUAAAUUAUGAUGUCCUUAAAUAGGUGGUAAUAUAUUUAGAAUAUUGUAUUCAUAAAUACCUGUGAACUUUUCCCAGCUCUGAUUCAUUUUUUUUGUCACAAGAAAAGGCAUUUCAACCCACCUGACAAAAAUUUAGUAAGAUGUGAAAUACCAAUUCAAAUUUGGGAAGAAAUGCUCUAAACAUUUAACUUUUCACCCAUGCUUCUUCAAAUUUUUGGUUAUGGAGUUGAUGACAAAUUAAAAAAUUAAAGUCCCCGUUCUCACAACUAGGCUCAAAUAAUGAGGGAGGGGGGUGAAGUUGUAUCGGUUGUACACUGUUUGAAACAGAAUUUAUUAUGUAGCUUGUACAUACUAGCUGCUUAUUGUGCCAUUGAAUGUGCCAUAUAACUGGCAUAGACUGCCAUGUACAUGUAUUGUAUAGAUAUAUAUAUAACGCCACUCUCAAUUUUCUGUGCCAUAGGAGCGUUACUGGUAAAAUUCUGCAAGCCAUAGCUAUUAUUAUGUGAUUAUUGUCGAGAGGGUACAACAGAAAUCUGCCAUUGUGUACCAUAUUUACUCAGUUGAUUGUAAAAUAGUAAUGUAAGUGUACAUUAGGUACUAUUAGGUAUUAAUUUCUGCAAUAUAAUACUUUGGAAUUUCAUACAUCAUAUAUUUGAAUGUGCAUUUUUGAAAACAGACCAUGUUGUAGUAAUGGGUUUAUGGUGCUUUACUAGAUUUUGAAUCCUGCAUUUUAAAAAAUCACUGUUAUAUUAUUCUUAGUGUUAAAAGAUGCAUUUACGAAUGUCGCGUUUUGAAACAAAAAAGAAAUCUAAUAAUGCUAUGUGAUUAUGAAAUUAUUGUACUUAUUCAUUCCAAUCAAAGAUACCUAUCUUUGAUAUUGGCUUUGUAUGAAGAAGAUGUCUUCAAUGAAGUAUGGUUGUAUACUUGUGGUUCAUACAUUUGACUCAUGUCAUAAAUGCUUUUGCUUAUUUGUGUUUGUAUAGUAUUUGUACGAGUGAGAGAGCAUAAUACUAUUGUUAAAAUACUCAUUGUGAUUCUCAUAAUCAUCUGGAACUCCAGAAUAUGGGAGAUUCUAUGAGUAUAAUAACCAAGGGGUAAACCUUAAAGGCAAGUGUAAAUAAAUAAAAUGUUUAGCAGCACAUCCUCUUGAUCUAAUCUACAGGUAGACAUAAAAAAUAAAAUCAAAAUCUAAAAUUUUAAAUAGCUCUCUGAAUUAUGACAGACUCUAUGAAUUUUGUUGUAUAAAGAUAGAUUUCGAGAAGAUUACAUCAUAAUUGAGCAAGUUAUUCAAAACAUGGAUUAUAAUUUUGUUUUUUGUACGACCCUGUUUUUCAAAUUAUAUAUAAUCAGUAAGCCACGCAGCAAUCACAAUUCUAACAUACAUGUAAUUCAUCUAUUUUGGCUUCAAUGUAUAUUUAAUUUAUUCAUGUACAAAAAUUUUGACUCU